CAACUGCCAUCAAUCAAUUCGAAACAGAAAGCGAGCUCAGCAGGAGGUCACCACAGAUCCGAGAUAGUUAAAAAUUAAAACAAAAAAUUAAGGUCAAGAUGUUGUGGGGUCUUAGCUCGGCAUUGGAUCUGUACGAGGAGUAUCUGAAGGCCUUUAAGAUCAACGAUGAUCCUUUGCGGGAGGAAGGAGAUGCGGAAGGAGCAGGCGGAGACGAACCAUCAAACAGCCUAAACAUCCUCAUCUGCGGCGGAGCUGAUCCGCGUCAUUUGAUUAAGACUCUGGCCAAGCGAUACACCCAUCGCAUCCGACCCAAACUCAACAUCUACGUGCUGGAUGGCUGCGCCGAAAUUGUGGCCAGGAACAUGUUGCUCCUGGGCGUGGCCCUGGAGGAUCCGGAGUCCUUUAGCCUGGUGUGCAAGGUGCAUCUGUUCAUGGACCUCUACGGAAAUGCGGUGGUGCGGCCCAGCUCACAUCACUAUAUGGCCGCCAAGGGGCGCACUCUGCUGGAAAUGGUCACCAAUGAUGAGAAACUUCGGCGCUUGGCCCCCAUGCUGAAUGUUGAGGGACUGAAGUACAAGGAGCGUGAUGGCUUGGAGAUGGCCUUCAGUUUCUGGCAACCACAUCCCUGGAAUAUAUUCGAGGUGACCUCCUACUGGGAGCAGCGAUCGAGGGCUCUCCUGGGCACCCGUUACGACCAUCGCAAUGGGGCCUUCGACUGGGACCUGAGCAUGACCCUGAAGGAUCGUGGGGGACAGCAAAUCUGCUCGCAGGAGUAUCGCUACUGGCGGGAAUCGGGCGUGGCCUUUGUUUUCCCGGAAUAUGAGCAUUGCAAGCCGAACAAAACUCUGGCCGCUGGUUUGGUGCGAAACGGACGCACCUUCAUUCAUCGUGGCUAUGUGGGCGAUAUCCAGACUGGUCCCUUUUGUGGCUUCGGGCUGCGCACCACAGAGGAGCGGAUGCAUCACUCGGUCCAUGGGGAUAACGAUUAUCGCGCUACUGACAUAACUGAGCGCAACCUUUUGGAACUAUUUCAUGAGCUGCAGACACAGACCGCCUACGAGCACGAUCCCACGCGCUCCCGCAGAUACGGCUCUGUUCAGUUGCUGAUGACGCCGUUGCUUAACCACCAGGAAGUGGACGCGACGGGGCAGGCAUCCUACGAUAAGCCCUGGAUCCCAGUGCCCGGAGUAACAGUGCACUAUGUGUCGCCCAUGGAAAUGGUGCAACUGCAGCAGGGGGCAGUUCGCUGGAACAACAUGUUCGACGUUGCCUUCGUGGCCUACAACUAUUACACUUUCCUGAGCAAGGACUUCUUUCAGGCUCUGCGCUCGCAGGCACUUUUUGUGCUGGAGACCAAACUGAUGACUGUGGAGCGCAAGGAUCAUGUGCAGGAGUUCGAGGCCAAGGCCAAGGAGCUGUUGAAGCAGUCCGGCCUUAAGGCGGCCAUCAACUACCAGGCCAUCAAUGCGAAGAACAUGUGGCUCAAAUAUAAGAAGACUGACCAAGAUGAAGCGGAAGAUGAGCUGGAACCAGAGCCGGAAAGUUUUCCGGCCAUUGAUUGCGACGAAGAUUUUGACGUUCCUUCUGCAAAUGAUUGUAAGCUGGUUAUAGAAGAAAUUACCUCAGAGAAUCAAACUGUUGCAGCGAUUAAAAGGGAAGUGGAGGCAGAAGAUUCAAUACCACCAAAGAACCUCUUUCCGUAAAGCCCCUGCAAUCUGAACUGAAAUAAAAGUACAGUUUAAUGAA